AUGAAGGGCAAGGUUGGCAAAGGCCGUCAUGGUGGCUUUGCUGAACGAUCGCUUUUGACAUGUCACAUGAGAUCGGUGAAGCUGUCGAAGCGGGUGGAGCAAUUUUCAAAGGAUGUCAGCGAUGUCCUUUCAGAAAGUCAGUUCGUGUUGAAUUCUGAAGUCGUGAAGCUUCGGGUUGCUCGUGCCCCACAGGCCAUGGGCCUCGCUCUUCAACUGACCCGCUCCUGUACCAAGGGGAAUCGGUAUAAGCGGAGUCUGUCGUGGUCGCAGUUUUUGCAGGCUGCUUUUGGAAAGAUUCAUCGGAAUGCACCGCUGGCUCUGCAUUUAGGGGUGGCCAAGUCGACAGUCAGGCACAUGCAGAUCAUGGUAAGUGCUGCUUAUAUGAAUCAUCAAGCCAAUUUCCUUGCAAAGCUUGCACAAUGGAGUCUGGCUGAUUCACCGCUGCUUGUCAUAAAGCAUUUCAAGUGGGAUGAGACACAAUUGCAGUGCAGCAUGAAUGCUGACAAGUCUGGUCGUGUCCGCUCCAGCUGGCAAGUCUUGGUUUGUCGGAUGAGGCUAGUGGUGGUGUGGCCCAGUGGCACAAAUCUUGUGCUCCGAGUGGUCAUGCCUCCGGUGACACUCCUGGCGACAGGGGCAGAGCAUCAAUACUAUGCAUUGAUGCACCAUCCAGCCUACAAGUGCAUAAAUUCGCUAGUGGGGCUGCUUCGAAGGUCUGCACUUGUCAACAUCGACAUAGCUGAGACUGACGGGGCUAGCAGCAAUUUGAGGCUGUUGGCCCAUCUAUCUCAGAAGGCCAAACUGAGUGUGUUUGGCCCGCCAGGCUCACGGCAUCCGGUCCUGUUUGCUCAUUGCAGAUGCAUGAACCAUGCAGUGCAGUUAAACAAUGCUGCACUGUUGGGGCUCAUUGGUUCUAAUCUGCUGAACAAAAUUUACGGCAUGUGUGUCUUCAUCCGAAAUCUCGGAUACUGGCUUCGCAUGAGGCAAGCUGCCCGUGCUUGGCUCGAUCGGCAGCUGGUUUUUCGCCAGCAGGUUACUGCUAGCGACGUGUCCUCCCACAUUCAGCCGAAUCCAGCACUACAUGAAUUGGUCAGCUACCUUCGUUUCUGGAAAAAGCUUGAUCGAGAUUGUCGCUCGCCUGAGGAUGAACGUAGAGAGACUGCGCAGGACGAUGGUGCAUCUGCUUUUGAUCGUGCAGCAGCUGCUUUCUUGGAGAUGUUUAACGGACCUGUGCUCGGCCCCCCUUGUCACAUCUGUUCCAGCUUAGAUGUUUCCGUUGGGCAGCGACAUUGCUCUCAUCGCGAUGAAGCAGCGCGGAAGUGUGCCGAGGCCAUGGUAGACCUUUUCCUGACCUCGAUGCCGGCGGUUCCUGCCCCGUCGAAGUGGUCCAAGCUGUUUGGGCCGCUUGAUUUUGUCCUUUCAGGAAGCAUUGUUCACGACUGGUUGCAGGAGAUUUUUGCUGAGGCAUUUGGCGAAAUGAGCUUUCAAGAGUUUGACACAACCCCAGCAGACGUGGAUCCCCGGUUGGUUGAGUCGCUUGCAUUCCAUGCCGUGAACGGUAGAAGGUUGCAAUCUGCCAGAGAGUUUUUGCGAGACAGACAUGCCGAGUGGGGCAUUUCCUUGGCAUGUGUAGCCAUGGAGGCGAAUCGCAUGCUCACGUGGCAUUGGCUGUCAUGUCUAGGCAAAAGCUUGACUCCCGGCGAGCGACCAGCACUCUACAGCAUGUUGGAUCCGCGAGAAAGCAUCUUGAUCAGCCUCAUGCAGCACUAUAGCAGCCUGGUGUGCACAACAGAUGGGCUUGGUCGACUGUGCUUGCUGUGGAUGCCGUUGGGUUAUGACUCCUUUGAUCGGUUCUGUAGGUCCGAGCCAGGCCUCGUGCGGGAAAUCCGCAGGGUGCUUCUCUUUGCCUGUGCCUGGCAAUACCGCCGCCAUUACGAGUACAUCAGCUCCGAUAUGUUUGCGAUUGCUUGUGUUGCAGACCCGGAUGCUUGCCCUCGCAUGGUAGGAUCGUUUCUGGAGGGAUGGAAGAGGAAGCGAGUCUGUUGCAUGCCCGGUGGUUUGCCCCGAGCAUUGAAGCUGCGGCAAGUGACUUGCGAGGAAUUGCAAUCGUCCAGCUGGAAAGCAACACUUCAUUGGUAUGCUUCUUGCAUCCAAUGGUCCAUCGCAGAUGUUGAGGUGAAGCAUGCUUCCAAUCGCCAAAACACUGAUUGUGGCUUUAGUACCGUGGCCUCGAAGUUUAGUAACUCAGAGGCCUUGUUGAAUUCAAGGCAGACCACCAAGGCAGCGAAAGUAGCGACGGGCGCUUUGAGUUUAGCAGGCGGUCGGGAUGUUGUCAUCCAGGACAAGAGAGUAAAGAAGGCCAAAGGCAAGUCACCCUUUGAAAUUUUCAGAGCUCACUGGAUAUGCCAGCAGCAGCUCACUUCCUCGACGUUCAAUCCCUGUGUACGUAGCUCGUGGGAUGAGGUUCGCAAGGCGUGGCAGUUGCUGUCUGCGGAGCAACAACAAAACUUCAAGGCUUUGUCAGAUGCAAGCAAGCAAGCGGCUCUGCAAGCACGGAGACAGGUUUCUGCCCUUCCGGACAGGCCGCCUCGCGAGUCGGCUCUCGUCGUUGCAGCAGCACAGGAGGUUUCGCAUUUGCCUCAUGCCGGUGCGGGUGCCGUUGUGCCUUCGUUUCUGGGUGUCCUGCCAUUGGAAUCAGCUUUGACUGCUCGCAAUGCUUGCGAGCUGGAGUCCAAAAUCAAAGCAGUAACGAAUGGUUCAGAUGGCAGAAAGAAGCUUUGCUAUCAUGGUUUCCCAGUGUCCGAGGGAGCUCUGGAAGCCAUUGCAUGUUGUCAGAGGCGACAGGGCAUCUCGAGUGCUGCAGCCGUCGCGAAGUUCGAUUGUGAAAUGGAGCGGCUCGCACGUCCCCCAGAUGGUGACGAGUUUCCCAAGAAGGUUCAGUAUGAGUCGUGCUGCGGACAUUUGUGUAUUGCUCUUCAUUGCAACUUGAUCAAGGCUUUUGUGCAGAUUGUCAAGGGCCACGGUCAGCCGCUGGAUGCAGUGCGGGCAGACAUCGUCUGUUCGUUCGAGGUCUUUGACACAUCUAAGCGGAAACUUGUGCGAGAGUUUGCAUUCGUGACUGCGGUCUCAGCGAGAAGCGGGGUGCACAAACCUGAACAAGUGUUUGUUUUUGCAGAUGAAGUCGGUAGAGAGAACUUGGCGGUUGAAGGUGAGAGGGACAGAUUCACUGGCUUGCUGCUGGACUUGCGAACCUUGCCAUAUGUUCAAUCGCAUCAGGAAUACCUGCCAGCUUCAAGCACCACUGCACGAGUGGGUCGGCUGCACAUGCUUUCCUCCGAUGCUUUUGCUCACCACUUGCUCAGUGCCUUUGAUGAGGUAGGAUUGACAUCGUUUGAAGUUGUCAUCAACAAGCUAAGUUUUCACGACCGCACCCCUCGCCGUGUAUGCAUUAGUGGAUGCAGCCCUGGUUUUACACGAGUGCUUGUUCGUGCAGACGGUACAGACGGCGAGUAUGGCGACGGCGAUGACGGCGACGGUAAGAGCGAUGCUCCUGAGAAUGCUCCAGCAGAUCCCCUUGGGCAGGAUUUCGAUUACCUGUCGCUUCUGGACCAGGAGGUGGCAGAGGACAUCUUGGAUGAUCCAGAACUCCAUGCCAUUUUGGGCAGUGGUGAGAUCGAUGCCUUGAGGAAGCUUCCCGAUCGGCACAGGACGAGCAUCAGCAUCGGCAUCUUCGUCUUCAUCUUCUACGGGACACAGAUCAUCAAGCAGGAAGGUGAUGGUGGCAUCAUUGAGGCCGUCUAUGGCGGCGGCGAGGGCAGCACUGCCUACUGUGUGGUUGACAGAGUCCAGGGCGGGAGUAGAUACACGCUUGGCGAGAUCAAGCUUUUAGUCAAGUCUGACACCGGAGAGGAUCAGAACAUGGUGGCACGUCGCUCAGGCAAAGCCCAUGUCCACAGCAGCUGUCGCACCUGCAGAAGGUCCUUCGAUAGCACAAAGAAUCCGAUGGUCAAAAAUCCGGCUGCAGAUGAUUUGCUGAAGAGGCGGUGUGUUGGAGCCGCACAGUGCCGCCCGUGCUACAGCUUCAUGGAGCGGGAUACCCGCUUCCAGGGCAUGUCGCACAGUCAGCGGUUGACGUACCUCGACGACGACAGCAACUUCGAGCAGUACAUGGAGGACCUGACCAAGUGGGAGGCCGGCCGCCGUGAUGGCAACAUUCGACUCAAAGCGAAGUCCAAGGACGGUGGAGAUCGAGCUGAAGCUCUGCAGAGUAGCUCCAUCACAACGAAACAGGUGAUGGGCUACUUUUGGCCGCUUUCAUUAUUGAAAGAACAUGACAAGCCCUUGCCCAAGCGCUGCCAGCACAUUACACAUCAGGGACGGAAAAUCAAGGGCAUCACCCUCAAGGAGUUUGCCGUGGGCUGCAUAGAGGUCUCAAGCGAGAGCUCGAAAACAGCUCGGCGGGUUCACGUCAUGGCCCACGACGAUUCAGAUGAAAGUGGUGAUGCUGACGAGACCUUCGGUGCAAUGCAAAAGUCACUGCAGAUGUCUGCAACUACGGCGGAGUCUGGGGAGAUCCAGCUCAAGCAGGCGAAGGUUGACAGCGACGACGAGCUGGCCGCCAUCUUGUUUGGGGAGACAGUGAUUGGAGGUGGCAACUCGAAGUCGUCAAAGGGCGACGAUGAGCACGUGUCACCCGCCAAGAAAAAGCCGAGGAAGCGACACACGACGACGAAUCCAGGCGACACGGGUGAGAGUGCCACCGCCAAUACACCGGCAACUUCAGCAUUGCCUUUGAGCCUGAGCAGUUUGCCUGCAUUGACUGCAUUCAACAAGGAGAGCAGACGGAAGGGCCAUGAUUCCAGGACCUCCAGAGAGCUGGAAAAAACCGAGGCAAUUAUUCUGCAGUGCAAGCAGCUGAAGUUGGCCUUUGAAGACCCUGAACAGGUCCUCGAACUCUCCCUGCAGAAGGUGAAAUCUUUGGAUGACAGGGUGGAUUCCAGACUCUCCGACGAGCUCACAGCCAUGUGCCAGGAGGCAAUUCGUGCCACAGGCCCGCUAGGACGUGCGACCAUGGCUUGGGAGGGGCUAAAGGAAGCCAAAGAAUUCCUCAAUUAUGCCGGCGAAUUUGUGGAGGCCUUGCAUGAUGCAGAAGCAGCCCCAACGACCUUGUCUACUCGGGCCAUGGCCCUUGCCAAGGAGAGCAAGGUGACAUUGCCGCCCAAUGUCAGUGUGCUCGUUUGCCGCAAGAGGGCGGAGGAGUUGGUCAUGAAGAAACAAUGGGAUGAUAUUUGCAAGUUCCUUGAUCCUACUUUCAAGGCGGAUUAUCCGGAUGGCAUUGCCUCUCUCAUGCCUGAGACUGAUACUACCUUGACAGCAGAUUUGCUGGAGUUUCAGGCUGGCUGCCUUCAAGGCUGUGUUAGCAACCUCUUCAUGCGACCAAUUCCCGGCAAAACCGAAGAGGAAAAAAACCAGCAGCUUCAAGAUGGCAUUGAAGACAUUGUGAGUUUCUUGAAUGCAGUCAAGCAGAGCCCCGUGUCAGACGCCCUGACAGCUGCCGGCAAGGCUUCUCUGGUGGAUGAGUUGGCAAAGCUUUUGCUCCUUGCCGAAGCAGCUUCCAAGGUCAAAGGCCCCAGCUAUGACAUGGAGCUCUUCCCUGCGACCACCUGUGACCAGUUGGACACAACGAAGAACAGCUUUCUAAAGAUCAAGACGUCUACGUGGUACCCUUCCUUGGCGAUGUUUCCCGUGGGCAUGGAGGUCUGCUUGAGAAUUGGCAAUGUUGUCCAACAAGUCCGUGCAGAUGCUGUGCUUGCAGCCGACAUGGAGGCUGCUGCUCAGUAUGCAAACACAUUGAAACCGUGGAAAGUGGAAUCUGUGCUCAAGGAUUCUCAAGAAGUCAGCAUCCCGGCUGUUUCCAAGUUGGCCGACAUGGUUGGCAAGUGGCUGCUUGUGCAAGAGAAAGGAAGUCAGAGCUUGCAGGCAAUGCCAGCAGUCCAUGAACGGAUGGAGUUGGUGAAAUCAAAGGUUGCCGAGCUGCAUUCGGUGCUCCAGGAGGUUAUGGUUCUGAAGUACAAGAACACUUUCGAGAAGAUGGAGACGGACAUUACAAAGUUGGUCAAGGGUGGCACACAAGAGGAGAUGACUAGCUUGACAUCAUCCAUUGCCACAUCGUUCGCACAGAUGAGCUCUUUCCAGCCGUUGAAUAAAGAGUUGGAUGGUAUCGUGCAGACCGUGGCAAAGUAUGCCACGAGCCUCCAUGCGGCAUUCCCCCAGAUGACAGAUGUCAUCACCAAGAAAAAUAUAAACGAGGAGAUGCUCGCCAACCAGUCGUUGGCAGAUGUGUUUGCCAUCUUCUUUGAUGUCCGUGCGAACGAAGUGAUGCUCCGCACCUUGCCCUACUUUAAAUCUUGCUUCUCCCUCCUGCAAGAAGGUACGACAAGGUCCAUUUGUGGAUGGCUCGCACAAACAUCUGCCACAUUCGAUGCCUUCGUAGAGCAAUUGCUGCAAGCAGAAGUCAAUGCUGAUGCUUCGCUUAGUGCAAAUGUUGUCGGUGACACAACCUCUUUGUCGGAGGCAGCCGCAGCGGAAACCCAGGAUUGCAAGCAGACCUUGAACUUCGGAUUCGUUUUCCAUGCUUAUGUCAAGCACAUCGGCAAGGAGUUUGUGGACAUCCCGAUCGCCGUGCACGACGGUCAGGAGGCGAGGUCCCGGAGAGUACAUGCAGUAUUCCCUUGCACUGCCGGAGCUCUCCUGACAGUCGCCAAGAUGGUUGCUUUUUUCAAGCAUUGCAUGACUGCGACCUGCAAGCUUUUGCCCUUCAACGACAUCUUGUCAAAGUUUGCCACUACAGCGGACAAGAAGAACUUCAUUUGGGAGAACAACAGGAGCUCGAAGCUCCAGUGCAUCCGUUCCGUUCUGCCGAAGUUCCAUAAGGCUGUUCUGGAUUUCGAGACCAUGCAGUCCGCUUCCGCCGAGAUCGUUGGCGAGAUGACCGGCAUCGAUGAGUACUACAAGCAGCUCCAGAACAUCGUGAAGACACAUCUCGCGGAAGUCAUCGGCAGUUUCGGCCAGGAGGUUGCAGAUGUGCAGCUUUCGCUUGCAAGCUUGUACCAAGACGUUGCUAGCAAACAUAGCUUGGACAUGUUCAAGCAAGAGGUCCUUGACAAGAAGAUUGUUGAAGCUUUGUGCCUAGAUCCCUCGAUGAGGCAGAUUGCAUUGAGUUCCAGUAAGACAGAACGGUUCUUCGUCGACUUGAUCGGAUUCUUGCAAGAUGUUCAAGGCUUGCCGACUCCUUCGUGGGUAAGUGAAUCUUCGAAGGCAUUGCUUAGCGGUGUCGUGGCCGAUGCGAAGAAGUUGCUUGCCCAGGAUUCGGGGGUGUCAUGCAGCGAGACAGGUGCGAUGAUCACAAUGGCUGAGCUCCGAGCUUUGCAAUCGAACAUGACUCUAGCACAAGCUCUUUGCAGAGACCUUCAGCCAGGUGAAACACGGGUUGGCUUGGUAAGCCGAUGUCUUGGCGCUUUUCAGAAGAAGAGCAUCAAGUGUGAGCCAUCUCUAGUCAAGAAGGCCACUGCUAUCACGGGAAAGUGA